AUGAUUACCUUCAUUAGUCAGGAGGUGCUGCUCACAGAGGGCAUCUUCAGAGAGUCAGGCAGCGCCAAAGCCUACAGAGCCCUCAAAGAGAGACUCAUCUGCGGAGCUCCAGUGUACCUGCAUGAGGAGUCUGUGCUUGUGAUGGCUUCCGUGUUAAAGGAUUUUCUUCGCAAUGUGGAAGGCAGUGUGUUUUCCUUUCCCCAGUAUGAGACAUGGCUUGGGAUCAUGAAUAAAGACAAUGAAGAGGAGAAGAUGACUGCGGCCAGAAGUCUUUUAGAAAUGCUGCCCAGAGCCAACCAAAUGCGGCUGAAACAUCUGUUUGCAAUGUUGAGCCAAAUCCACCAGAAUUCCUACCUCAACCUGAGGACCUCAUACAACCUCGCUGUCUGCACAGCCAGCAGCCUGAUGGCCCCGCCUCCUGAUGCCAGCCCAGGAUUUGAUAUUGAACUCAUGAGAAAGGAAGGAGAAAUUAGUGAAAUAUUCUACAUCAUCUCCAUAGACAACGGAGGCCAGAUGAGACCCCAGGUGUUGGGCAGGCUCCCCUGUCACAGGGUUGGGGCCCAGAAGUAUGGAGCAGGGUUUGCAGCUUCAUGA